UUGUCUGCACAACAAUUUCUUAUUCGCACCGGUUCCUGUUCUCUUGACCACGUGAAUCUUGACGUUAAUACUUAUAAUCACAUCGAAUUGUUCAUGAUAAAUUUAAUAUAUCAAAUGGAAAGAAAAAAGAAACUGGUUUGGAAUCAUUGGACAGUCAUUAACGUUAAGAAAGAUAAAAAGGAAAAACAUCCUCGUGCACAAUGUAAUUAUUGUCAUAAAGAAUUUGAACGAGCCAUCCCUGAACGAAUGCAAAAACAUCUUAAUAAGUGUUCAGAUGCACCGGAUAAUGCAAAAUCACCAGAAAUUAGAC